CGAUGGCGACGGGGCAGGUGCUGUUUCAUCGGUUCUUCUAUUCGAAGUCCUUCGUCAAGCACAGCUUCGAGAUUGUUGCUAUGGCCUGCAUCAAUCUCGCAUCCAAAAUCGAAGAGGCUCCUCGUCGGAUAAGGGACGUGAUCAACGUGUUUCAUCAUUUGCGUCAGUUAAGAGCAAAAAGGACUCCAAGCCCCCUGAUACUUGAUCAGAACUACAUAAACACCAAAAAUCAAGUAAUCAAAGCAGAGAGGAGGGUACUGAAGGAGUUGGGAUUUUGUGUUCAUGUCAAGCAUCCACAUAAGAUCAUUGUUAUGUAUUUACAAGUCUUAGAAUGUGAACGUAAUCAAACCCUCGUACAGACAGCCUGGAAUUACAUGAAUGACAGCCUUCGAACAAAUGUGUUUGUUCGCUUUCAGCCAGAGACUAUAGCAUGUGCUUGCAUUUAUCUCGCUGCUAGAGCUCUGCAGAUUCCACUACCUACCCGUCCUCACUGGUUCUUGCUCUUUGGCACCACGGAAGAGGAGAUUCAGGAGAUAUGCUUAACAACUCUUAAGCUCUAUACCAGAAAGAAGCCCAAUUAUGAAUUCCUGGAUAAAGAAGUAGAAAAGAGGAAAAUGGCACUACAGGAAGCUAAACUGAAGGCAAAAGGCUUAAAUCCGGAUGGAACUCCAGCACUCUCAACACUGGGUGGCUUUUCUCCUGCAUCCAAACCAUCUUCCCCGAGAGAAGUAAAAACUGAAGAGAAGACUCCAGUAUCUGUGAAUACCAAAACCAUUAAAAAAGAGCCAGAGGAGAGGCAGCAAGCUUCAAAGAGCCCUUACAAUGGCAUGAGAAAAGAAAGCAAGAGAAGUAGAAGCAGCAGAAGUGCUAGUCGAUCUAGGUCAAGAACAAAGUCAAGGUCUCGAUCUCACACUCCUAGGCGGCACUACAAUAAUAGGCGGAGCCUGUCCGGGACAUACAGCUCAAGAUCGAGAAGCAGGUCCCGCAGCCACAGCGGCAGGGCGCGCCCCCACCACAAUCACGGCUCGCCACACCUGAAGACCAAGCAUAGCAGGGAAGAGUUGAAGAGUGCAAAUAGACAUGGUCACAAAAGGAAAAAAUCUCGUUCACGUUCGCAGAGCAAAUCCAGGGAUCACUCCGAUGCUGCCAAGAAGCACAGGCACGAGCGGGGACACCACAGAGACAGGCGCGAGAGAUCCCGCUCCUUCGAGAGAUCUCACAAAGGCAAACACCACGGUAGCGGCCGGUCAGGACACGGCAGGCACAGACGCUGAGGUUUGCACCUGCACCAGAGUCUAGUUAAGCCUGUAUAUAAUACAUGCCCCUUGCUCCAGAGCUGAAGAAGAGAAGUUAACUUCCAUGUAAAGCUGGAACAUCUGGUGAUGUGAAACAUCUAGACACCAUCUGCUCCAGGUUGCUUAGACCGUGAGCUUGCAGUCAGCUAGCAAGAAGUUCAGUGUUUGUUCUUCCAUGGACAAAAAAAGCUGUCUUCAGCUUUAUGGAUGGUGACCUUAACCAUGCAACAUCCUUGCCAACAACAGGCCAUAAAAUAAAUGGGUUUGGUUAC